AUGGCGUCCACUAGGAGGCUGAUAGUCUCCAUAGUGGCUCUGCUCGGUAGCGCCGCCGUCUCCUUAGUCCGAGCAGGCGAGCAGUGGGAAGAUCUCAAGGCCCCAGCGAGGGUUGCGUCUUUUGCGCCGGCGUUCCAGCAGACCCCCCCUGAGUCACCCGAUUACAUGGUCGACAACACGGGCAACAAGCGCGGUGUUGCCCCCAACAAAGGAAAAUACAAUGGCCCUGUCUGGCGUGAAUCCGGCAGCUUCGAGGGCUAUAUGAAGAAGCUUGCGGAGAAGAAGGCCUCCGGCCUUGUCCCCAACUCCACUACUGGCGGCCCGCCGAUGCACACCAACAGCAGCACGCUGAAGGGCCGCCAGGAAGCUGACAGGGUGAGAAACCAGGCUCCGCAUGCGGGAGACGGAUACGUCUUCUAUAGGAAUGUCCUGGACUACGGUGCCGACAACACGGGGGCCACCAACACGGAAGAGGCAAUCAACGCCGCCAUUGUCGACGGCGACCGCUGUGGCGAGGAAUGCGGCAACACAUUCGUCCUCGGUGCCCUCAUCUACUUCCCUCCCGGUACCUACAAAGUCUGCACGCCCAUCAUCCAGUACUACCUGACCCAGUUCGUCGGCGACCCCCUGGAUAGACCCAUCAUCAAGGGUUGCGAUGAGUUCACCGGCAUCGCGCUCGUUGACGUAGACCCGUACGUGCCCAACCAGGCGCAGCCCGACGGUACGGGCGUCAACUGGUACAUCAAUCAGAACCAGUUUUUCCGGCAAAUCCGCAAUUUUGUCUUUGACCUCACCGACAUGCCGUCCGCUACAGAUGAGAACGGCCAGAAGCUGGUGCCCACGGGUAUCCAUUGGCAGGUCAGCCAGGCCUGCAGUUUGCAAAACUUGCUGUUCCGUAUGCCUACGGCGGGUUCCUCAGGGGCACCGCCUACGCAUGUCGGAAUCUUUACCGAGAAUGGCUCGGGCGGCUUUGUGUCUGACCUUGUCUUUGAGGGCGGCGCCAUCGGCUGGCGCGUCGGAUCACAGCAGUACACGGCUACCAGCCUACAAUUUCGCAACUGUAUCACGGCGGUACAGAUGGUCUGGGACUGGGGCUUCAACUGGCACAAGAUCGACAUUGAGGGCGGCAGCAUCGCCUUCAAUAUCAGUGGCCGCGGCGGUAUCGAUGGCCAGGGAAUUGGUUCCGUGUCCAUCAUCGACUCUACCAUCACCAACGUUCCCAUCGGCGUACUGACCAACAACCACGCUACCGCACCGCCCAACAUCGUCAUUGACAACACGGCUUUCAACAACGUCGGUGCCAUUGUCAUUGUCGAGGGUGGCGAGACUCUACUCGAGGGCGGUACCACCACCGUCGCACUCUGGGCCAACGGUCGCCGCUAUAUCGGCGGCCAGGGGGAGCGUAUGACGGGCCACGUCGAGGACCGGCCGACGAAACCUAGGGCCUUGCUCGACGGAUCUGGAAAGCUAUUUACGCGCCUACGGCCGCAAUACGAGGAACUGCCCGCUUCAUCUUUCCUCAUCGCCACCGAACACGGCUGCAGCAACGACGCGACGGGCGAUAACACGGCCGCCAUCAACACAUUUCUACAACAGGCCGCUGCAGCCGGCCAGGUGGCAUACUUCCCCGCCGGCAUAUAUCAAGUCCAGGGCACCGUCACCUUCCCUACCGGAUCGAAAGUUCAGGGGACCGGCUGGUCGCAGAUUCAGGCUACGGGCAGCUACUUCGCCGAUGUUGAAAACCCCAAAGUUGUGGUGCGAGUCGGCGAGGACGGCGACGUCGGCACCAUGGAGAUUGUCGAUAUGCUGUUCACAACCAAAGGACCUACGGCUGGUGCCAUCAUGGUGGAAUGGAACGUGCAUGAGAGUUCCCAGGGCGCCGCAGCGUUAUGGGACUCGCAUAUCCGCGUGGGCGGCGGGAUCGGUACGGACCUGGACGUGGAUACGUGCCCCAAGUUCAGCGAAAACGAGGCGUGUAUCUGCGUGUCUAUGCUCCUGCACGUUACCAAACAGGCGAGCGGCUACUUUGAGAACUUCUGGGCCUGGGUCGCCGACCAUGAUAACGAUAUGGUCCUGUACUGGGAGCUUGACUCGUCCAAGUCGCAGAUCUCCCUCUUCGGUGCCCGUGGCGUGCUGAUCGAGUCGCAAGGCCCCGUAUGGAUUUACGGCUCGGGCAGCGAACACGUCAUCUUCUACCAGUACGAGUUGCUCGGGGCCAAGGACGUCUACCUGGGCCACAUCCAAACAGAAUCCCCUUACUUUCAGCCCAAGCCCGUGUCCCCGUCGCCUAUGGAGAAGGCGCUGGGAGUGUUCCCCGGCGACCCAGACUGGAGUGACUGCACCAAGGAAACAUGCGAGAUGGCGUGGGGACUGCGCAUCAUCGACUCGGAGGGCGUGAUGCUGCACAGUGCAGGGCUGUACUCGUGGUUCAACAACUAUGGGCAGACGUGCCUCGAGUCUGAGGAUUGCCAGCAGAGAGUUAUGGAAGUGCGCGGGUCCAAGGACGUGUCCAUCUUCAACAUCUUCUCAAAGGCCGUCGAGGAGAUCGGUACGGGAAACACCAACGACAGCAGCAUCCAGCUGGACGACGGAAAUCAGCAGGGCUACACCAGUGAAAUCAGCCUCUGGUUCCCCGAAGAUGGCGAGCCGAACGGCGAGGUUGUUUACGUUGGGCCCGAGGUGUACACGACUCAAACGGCGCAAUGCGCUUCGCCGCCCUGCGUCUUCGUCAUGCCGCCAACAACCCUGUCUAGCCAGACGACCAUCACUGUACCCCCAUUCACAACCGAGCUCGAGGUUGGCGCGACGGAGGACGGCGAAUUCACCGUGACCACGACGACCGUAAUCAUUACCAUCGGCUCUAUCGUAACAGAUGUCGUGCCGGUGUCCAACCAUAACGUCACCCGGGGGGAGACCCCGGGAGCCCCCUUCUGGGUCACCCCAAGCGUCACGUUCCCACCGACAGGUAUUCCAUUGACCAAGCCGGACGGGGUUGUCACAACACGCAACAUCACCCUCCCGCCAUGGCCACAGAUUAUUACCUGGAAAGGGGGCGGCGGACCAGGGGACCCGAUCACGAGCUCGGGAACUGGGACCGGGCCUGGCGGAACCUCGCCUGGUGAAAGUGAAACUACUACCUCCCCUGGCGGAACCUCGCCUGGUGAAAGUGGAACUACGACCUCCUCUGGCGGAACCCGGCCCCCGUUCACGGUGACGUUCCCAGACUCGACCUACACGGCGCCGGGCGUCUUUUUCACAUGUCCUCCCAACACGCACUACGUGCCCGAGUUCGACGCCGUGAUCACGCUAGGCAGCUGUGACGAGGCCCAAGGGGGUACGACGCUCCAAUGGGACUGCCCAGUCACGGCGACGGUCGAGAUCGACGAACCGACUACCGUCGACUUCGAACUGGGGUGCAUCCGCUGGACCGGCGUGUCGGAGCCGAUCCCGACUGUGACGGAGUUCCCGCCGGGCUACGAACUUGUCUGGGUGGAAGAGGACGGCGACGAUGACGAUGACGACGAGACGUCAACCUGCCGGUUGUGGUUCUUCUUUAUUUGCAUUGACUGGGGUAUCAAAAUCGGGGGCUGGCGUUGGAACUUCCCUGGUCCGAUCGUCAUCAUCGGCCCGCCCCCGAUCAGAUGGCCGCCGGGGAUCACCGUCAAGGGAAACCUGCCGGGGCCUUGGCCACCGAUCACGAUCGGGAGAGAUGGGAAGCCCACCAUCCCGACCUCUGAGCCCACCAACUGCGAAACGCAGGAGGCCGAGAUCUGCAGCACGUCCACGUUCAUCUCGACUACCGUAAGGGAUGGAACCACUAGCACAAUCACAUCGACGGCGACCACCACAUGCGACACCAUCCGGGGAUGCGUUGUCACCGAUGGAGACUACGACACCACCAGCACCCGUGGUAGCGAGUGCAGUGUCGUAGCAAUGCGUACCGCACCGCCUGCUGUAGCCGCGUUCGUGACCAGCCUCACCCCUGCGGUUUCUUCUGCUACUUCUGUCCCCUCUUCUUCCGCCUCUGCCAUUAGCUCCACCAUCGCUGCCGGCAGAAACAACACCAGGCGGGCGGCAGUCAAGAAAGUCACAAAGAGAGCAGAGCAACCGCCAGAGGCCGGGCGCGACCACGCUAUGAUCUGGCCCCGGUUUCCGGAUGAUCCCGAGGCUAUCGCGACGAUCCGAAACUUCCUCACCAACAACGAUAACAACCCGGACCUGCCCGACCAUACCAACUACGGUUACUACAAGGAGGUGAAGGCGGACGGCGAAGACUGGGUCGUGCUCUUCUUCGUGCCCAACAUGAAGACCUGCCACAUCGCAGAUCUGAAGAACAUGAGGUUCGAGGUGGCCGAGGCGUACGGCAUUUAUAAUAAGAAUAAACAGGGCACAACGGCGCCAGGUGAUGGUGACUCGGACGGGGACGACUCGGACGACAGCUCGGAUGAUGACUCCACUCGGUCCAGAAACCACCGUAGGGAGUUCUUUGACAUCGAGACGCCGUUCUGGGAGCUCCCCCAAAUAGAGGUAGCCCCCAGCGAGAAAUGGGACGGAGGGUGGAGUACAGGCGUGGAAGGCAGCAUCAACCAAGAGCACGAUAUGGUUUACACCGGGGAGGAGUCAUUCGGCGAGGGUCAGACCAUCUUCGUGCUCGAGGACGGCUUCUUCCGGAAGCACGAGGAGUUCGCCGAAGAUGGUUACUUCGGCCGUAGGGCUUUCUCGCGGCCGGCCAUACGCGAGCUGCCGAAGUUCGACUGGGGCGGGGACGUGUUUGAAAACGUCGAUACUGAUACCACCCACGGCACGUCAGUCGUGAGUAAGGUCACGGGCUGGGAGCUGGGUCUGGCCAAGACAGCGCAGAUCAUUGUGGUCGCAGACGAUCGGAAUCCGCCCGAGGACGGAUUCAACCAAAUCUACGAACGGCACGUGGAGGGCUGGGUUCGAGUGUACAACGAAGUCAAGAGACUCUACGCUGCUGAUCCGAACCAGAGGGGCAAGAUCAUUGCCACCUACUCCCACUCGCUUACAAACCACAUCCACAGCCGGGUGGUCGGCCAGACCAUGGCGAGAAGGAUGUAUGAGAUUCUCAAAAAGUUGGAGGAGCUGGAUGUUGUCAUCAUCUGUUCUGCCCACAAUAACUGGCUCGAUCUGGGCGAUGAUUUUACCGGGCUCCCACUCCGCUUUGCCGACCCCGGUGCGAACGGGCAAAAGGUAGAUAGCCUGGUGGUCGUCGGUGGCGUGGACGCUACCGGCCGACUCGCGGCGCAAAGCCCGUACGCUAAUUGGCUGGUCAUGGCCCCGGCCUUCCAGUUGUAUGUGGCUACUGAGGGCAGUUUCGAUGAGAUUAGUUGGGGAGAUAUAGGCAAUUCGUUUGCGACACCCUUGAUCGCAGGCCUUGUUGCCUACUGGCGCAGCCUCCCGAAUAUCGCAAACGGGUGGGGUGAGGAGCUCAAAAAGCCCGCCAACGUGAAGAAGCUCCUGCUGUAUAUGCAGCGGGUGAUCCUGGACGAGGAUCUUGCCGAGAACCUCGACCAGACACAGGUGUUCCCCGAUAGCAUGUUUCCUCCUGAGCGGCAAAAUCUCGACAAGGUUCCGUUUAUCUGGACCGGAACAUUUGAAGGGGAGAACUGCCUCGUGAAUCCGGCCAUCCACUCCAGCUGCCCCCAGGGCAGGAUCGAAGACUUGGAGCCCUUUGGCGCCGGGUGCUCACAGCCGGGAACAGCAGAGGCCGCAGACCGAAGCCAGAUUGCCAAGCGCGCCGGCGGCGUGUGUGUGGUACGGCCCGGCACCGGGGGCGACGACGGACGUGGGCCGGGCGCCAUCGGCGACCCUAUCACCUUCUCGCCGGGCCCGGCAUCGCCGACGUGCGUCCCCGGCUCUCCGGGCUGCGGCACGCUCUGCACAGGCUACUACUGCGUGCCGUCGCCCACGGGAUUCCCGCCGGACCGCUGGGACCCGGAGGACCCGGCGCACCAGCCGACGACAACGACGCCGCCGGUGUCACUGCCGCCGAUCAGCUCAACAUCAUGCGAAUCGUACACGACCACGACCGUGUGCAACGGCAGCGGCGGGCAGAUUGCGUGCAUCACCAGCAGCGCGUGCGCACCACCGUCGCUGCCGUCGCUGACCGGCGACGCGCCGUACAGCGGGCCGGGCUGCGCGACGUACUCGUCGACCACCAUCUGCAACGGCAGCGGGGGCCGCACCGUGUGCUUCACCGACGCCAUCUGCCUGCCUACACGGGCACCCUGCCCGGCCUGGCCGACCGUCGGCACGCCGCUGUGCCCGUCCGACUACCCAAUCUGCCUCCAGCCAACGCAGGCCACGCUCUGCUCGUUCAAGAAACGGACUGACGCGCCAGAACCGGCCAUCGUAGAGGCGCUGUUGACGGCCCCGCCCAUGCAACCCACGCCUACACCUGCCCCAUCCCAGUCGACAGCGGUCGGUGGCCGCUUCCCGCGCCGCUCACACCAGAAGCACCAACAACAACCGAGAGUGCUGGAGCCGGCACGGAACGAUGCAAGCCACGCCGCCGUCUACCCCCGCGUCCACGACACCGAAGCCCCGGUCAUGGCAUUAGCGGCCAACGCCGCCGCCGCAGCGGCAGCGGCAGCGGCAGCGGCAGCAGCCGAAGCCAACACCAGCACCAACAACAACACCACCGACAUCUCCCCUGCCCUCCUCCACCCCCUCGCAGCGCGACAGGACGUCCCCUGGGGUUGCGGCGGGCACGACACGGGCGGGUGCACGGUGUACAACAUGUGCCGGACGGGCUUCUGCGCGCGCGUGGAGCGGGUGUCGUGCGUGUGGGGGUACCUGAGCCUGAGCAUGCACCCGAUCAACACUGAGGCGACGCUGCGGGUGUACGAGGACGGGGAGCUGGUGUGCUCGCGCACCAUCUCGUGUCUGACGGUGAGCUCGCCGGGGUGCUUGAUAGACGAGGCGGAGAGUGGGGGGGAGUUUGACUGCGGCGGUGGGAACAAGAUCGCGUCGUGGGGUGGUGGGUUGUCAGUGGUGGAUUAUGUUUCCGACAAGACGGAUGGCCGCCAUUAUCCGUUGUAUCUGGGUCAGGAUGGCGGUGACCGGUACUACCCAUGCCAGGUCAUCGGCCGUCUCUGGGCGCUCUGUGUCGACAGCGACUGGGCUGCCUCUUCUGGUCUCUGCCGUUCCACGGCUGCUGCUGUGAACGGUCGGACUCUCCCGCGUCGUUUGGAGCUCGGGGGCCCGUCAAACGCGACGAGCGCGGCCGUCCCGAUCUCUUGAUUAUCAUGGGUGUUGGGCGGUGUAUACACAAGUUUUAUUUUCUGGUAUCAACUUCCAUGACUUGAGUUAUUCUGCUUCACGAUGGCCGGGGC